AUGUAUGACGUGAUACUUUAUGUGAUACAAAUGGAAAUUGCAACGCAUGAAGUUAGCGAGACAAGGGCUGCUAAGUCAGUAUUUAAUGAUGAAGACAAGUCGAACACUAAAAAUCUAGACUGUGGUCAUACUGACAAUACGAAUGUAGAUAAAGUAAAACUAACAAAGGAGGAAAAAAAAGCGCUCUACAGGCCUCUUUUACUACCUGAACCUUAUAACACUUGGCGAAAAGUUCUAUUUGACAUAUGGUCCAGCGAUGACGCGAAGAAAGUAAAGUUUGAAAAUGUAGCAGAAGCUCUGGAAAAUAUCUAUGGAUCACUUGAAGAUCCGUAUGAAACAAUUUUGGGGAUUCAUAAGACCUGCCGCGACUUUGGUGUGCAGAAACAGGACACUCUUGCUCGUUUUGUACUUGACUACGCAAAGUCUUGGUUUGAAGAAUGUGGUCGAGUAGAACUGUAUGGUAGAAAUCUGACAUUUGAACGCAAGGCUUACUGGAAUUCCUCCUUAUUUAAUGUUAAAACUGGUUAUAAGCACGAAGCACUGAAAUUGUAUGGGUUUGAAAAUGGAAACGUCACUGUCAGUAGUUCCACCCCUACACGGAGGGAGUUUAAGUUGGAUCAGGAGGAACCAAAAACAAAAUUACAGAAAGUUGUACCUCUGUGUGAGGCAUUCGCAGUUGGAACAGCGAAAGGUGUGUCAAAUUUGGACGUUCUUGCAGAAAUUUAUCAGUUGGUUUGUAGCGAAAUGGAGGAUCAUGUUUACCUGAAAGUUAAGGAAAUGAUAAACAACCAGAACAUAAAAGAUGCUAUUACUUGCGCUACAAUAUUUGGGUUGCAGUCUCGUUUUACUUUAGAGGAACUAGUUGUACCAGCUAUUUUACAAGACCGGAUGAUGGCAGUAGAAGCUUAUGCAGACGGGAAUAAAUCCAUGCAGAGUGCUCUUGUAAAGUAUUUUGAUUCCUUAAUUGGGCUUCAUGAUAGAGAAAUAGAAGAUUUUUUUUCUGAUUUGAAAAAAAGACGUAUUAUGACUGUUCCUUACACAAAAGUGCAAGGGAAGUCUUUGGAAAAAAUGGUGUAUAAGAUGGUCACAAACUUUGCAAUUUCUUUUGAUAACGCCCCGAAUCUUACUAAUCGCCGUCAGCAGAGCUCGCUUCAUUUUAAUAACCCUUAUGAAGCACUGCGCUGGAUAAUACUGUUUGACAUGUGGGAUGAUAUGCCACCAUCAGUUCGUCCAUAUCUUACCCCAGCUGUAAUUGAUGAAACAAAAGAAUUUUUGGCUAAUUAUUUUGCCGAGCGGCAACAAACAAAUAGUGGCUAUUUAUUUGCUGGCCACCAAAUUGAGGUGGUUGAUACGCUUGAGGACCUGAUAAAAGUUGCAGACUUGAUUUCCAAAGCGGAUGUGGUGGGAGUUGAUACUGAAUGGAAGCCAUCAUUUAUGAGUUUAACAGAACAGGUGAAUUUUCUGUCAUAUGUAAGAAUACAACUGAAUUUGUUUAAAAGUAAUUUAAUUCAAUUAAGUUUAAGAGCAUUUUCUUUAUGCAAAGGUCUUCCAGUUGCCCUGAUUCAGAUAUCGUUCAAGGAUCGCAGUUAUUUAAUAGAUAAGCUAUCUCUAGAAAUUAAAAUUUCUGACAGUGACUGGGCAGCCUUUUUUGAGAAGCUGUUAUGUUCAGAGGGUUGUCUAAAAUUAGCACUGAUGUUUGGUCUUUCUGUCAUGGAGACUUUCCAGGUAUGUUUAGGUUUUGACUUUUCAAACGACAUGCGCGUAAUGACUUCGACCUUUCCGUUAUUGACGUCACUUGAGAUGAAGAACGUCAUUUGUUUAAUGAAGCUGACCAAGAGCCGUUUAAUUCUUCUUACAACUUUUAGCAGAGUGUGCAUCAAGCCACAGGUAGAAGAAAAAGAGGGAGAAGCUGCAAAUGAAACGAUACAUUUUCGUUUAACUGACUUAUGUGAAGCUGUACUUGGAGAGCCUUUAAACAAAAGCGCUCAAUUUAGCAACUGGGCAAUGCGACCUUUGAGGCCUGAGCAGCUAAAAUAUGCAGCGAGAGACGCUUACUGCUUGAUUAAACUUUAUUAUUCAUUGAAAGAGCUUGCAGAGAAGCACGGUUUAAAUUGGGAAGAACAUUUAGUCGUAGGAAAUAUAAACUACACUAAACCUAAAGAAGUGAAGAAAGCUCGAAAAGGAGCGAAAUUCACUGAGGAUGACUUGAGAGAGAUGAUUCAGCGCGUUAGCCAUUCCAUGGAAGGUGUUACAAGAAGGCCCAGGGAUCUUAAAGUGCUUGUCGAUUCCAUGAUUCUAGGAUUAGGAAAACAUUUAAGGAGGUGUGGAAUCGAUACGCUUCUGUCGGAAACCAGAAGAAGUUUGAUAGAGAUUGCAAUGAAGGAUCCGACACGAUUUAUCUUAACGACCGGUAAAGCAUAUGAUGAGUUAAUGCGGAAUUUUGUCUUACGAACCAAUCACAGGAUUGUGUGCUUACCAACGCCGCAGAACAUGAGUGCUAUUCAGCAAGUAGAAUACGUUUUAAAACACUUCAACGUACGUUUAACUGAAGAGGAUAUCUUUUCAAGAUGUAUGAAUUGCAAUGCAGCUGCAUUUAUUAAAGUUCCUGCGCCUGUUUUGAAAGUUAUGUAUCAAAAGAGAUUCUUCUACGAUGAAGCUGGCGAUUCAGAAAAGGAUAAGCAGAUAAUAAAUAUGGUAAACCCCAGUGACUACGGAGGGGUUGGGUGCAAACUAGUGGAGUGCUCUGGUACUUCAUCCCUUAGAGUGCGGUGUGACGGUGGCAAACUGAAUUUAAAAACAGGAGAAGUGCGUUAUUACAAGAACGAUUUUUAUACAGAAGUACCUCUGGAAGAAGUGCAACCGCAAGUACUUGAGAAAGACGGAAGGUUGUCAUGUAUUGUUUUUGAAAAUAGAGUUUUCUAUGUCUGCGGGAAUUGCGGGAAAGUUUAUUGGGAUGGAUACCAUCGAUCAAAUUACAGUGCAUUCGCUGACUCCCUUCUUACUGCCGGUGAAUGGGACUAG